AUGGAGAUAUUAUCACAAAUGUGGUCAUUGUUAGGGUUACUUACAGUGCUCCAAAAUGUGCUUCCAUCACAGCUUCUCUCCCUGCUUCACUCGCUAUACGAAUCACUUCAAGAUUUGCUUUCUCCAUAUUCCUAUUUCGAAAUCCCCGAAUUCAACGGCUACUGUGGAGUUGAACUCAACGACCUCUACCGUCACGUCCACCUCUACCUCAACGCGGUCAACCACUCCACAGCCUCCGCAUGCCGUCGUCUCACCCUCUCCCGCUCCCCUUCCUCCAACCGCAUCUCCUUCGCCGUAGCUCCAAACCACACCGUCCAUGACACCUUCAACAACCACAGUCUCUCCUGGACACACCACGUCGAUGCCGUACAGGACUCCCUGGAAGAAAAACGCAGCUUCACUCUCCGUUUCCCAAAGCGUCACCGCCACGUGCUCCUCUCGUCCUAUCUCUCACACAUCACCUCACGCGCCGAGGAGUUCGAGCGCGUCUCACGCGAACGCAGACUCUUCACUAACAACAACGGAUCCGGUUCGUUUGAACCGGGUUGGGUUUCCGUUCCGUUUCGCCACCCUUCCACUUUCGAAACGCUAGCCUUGGAGCCAGAUCUGAAGAAACAAAUCAAAGACGAUUUAACCGCUUUCGCUUCGGGUAAAGAGUUUUAUCACCGGGUCGGGCGAGCUUGGAAACGUGGAUACUUGCUCCACGGUCCACCCGGGUCGGGUAAAUCAAGCCUCAUUGCAGCAAUGGCGAAUUUUCUAUGCUACGAUGUUUACGAUUUGGAACUCACCAAAGUUUCUGAUAACUCAGAGCUUCGUUCGCUUUUGAUCCAAACGACGAAUCGUUCAAUUAUCGUGAUUGAAGACAUUGAUUGCUCGGUGGAUUUAACAGCAGACAGAACCAAGAAGAAAAAUGCUUCGAAGUCUAAGAAACACAAAACGACAUCGUUUUCAGGUUCGGGUUGUGAUGAUGGUAGUCGGGUCACGCUUUCGGGGCUCCUGAAUUUUACUGACGGGUUAUGGUCUUGUUGUGGAGAAGAAAGGUUAGUUGUUUUUACAACUAACCAUAGAGAUAGUGUUGAUCCUGCGCUUAUUCGGUGUGGACGCAUGGACGUGCACGUGAGUUUAAGCACAUGCGGAAUCCAUGCGUUCAGGGAGUUAGCGAGAAACUACCUUGGGGUGGAGUCGCACGUGAUGUUUGAGGCGGUUGAGGGGUGUAUUCGUUCGGGUGGGUCCCUUACGCCGGCGCAUGUGGGGGAGAUUUUGUUGAGGAAUAGGAAGGAUGCUGACGUGGCAAUGAGGGAGGUGUUGUCUGUAAUGCAAGGUAGGAUGGUGGUUGUUGCGGCUGUUGGCGGUGGUGAUCAGACGGAUAAUGACGAGGUGGGGGUGGUUGGAGCGAGGUCGCCGGAGAGUGUUCUUAUGAUGGGGUCUCCGGAGAACUGGGAGUGUUUGAGUGGGAAGAAGAGGAAAGAGCAGCAACAUGGGGUAAGUAGUUUGGAUAAGAAGGUUAAGUUUUUUGUAAGGUUGAGGUCGUUGACCAAAUCUGAUUCUGGAAGAUAG